UUGAAUGGAGUUCAGCCGUUAGGAUUCAGUCCUUCAUUUAAUUCUCUCAGACGCUGAAGGAGUGAACGCCAGAGAGAAGAAAACACUACAUUAUGAGGACAAAAUCUACCAAAGAAAUGAUAAAAACCCGAAAAUAAAAAAGAAAUGAAGGGUAGGCAGCAGAGGCCCCCCAGUGGACUAAACGCCAAACAGCACCUCUGAAAUCCCAUGAAAGUAAAACGGGAGCGCCUUCCAUCAUUGUCUAUUCCCUGAUGCCUUGUACUCGAUGGAUGAGAGGCAACAUCAAAGUGCAGGAGACCGCAUUACCCAUUCUCACCAGAGAGGGCCUUAAAUCCCAAAACUUUCGGACAUCAACUUUAAAUUGGCAGGAUGACGAAUCAACAGUUGGGGAAGCAGAUGGGAGGAGCCGGAGUUAUUGAGGGAGAAACUAAGGAAGGCGCUACACAUCAACACUGUGGCUGGUUAACACGCAACCUUCUUCUUGCACUUACUGUGCUGGGUGUGAUCGGAGGCACAGUGUUGGGAUUGCUGUUGCGUUAUCUUCCUGAACUGGAUGCAGAUAUACUCAUGCUAAUCGCUUUCCCUGGAGAUAUCCUAAUGAGAAUGCUGAAGAUGCUCAUCCUCCCCCUUAUUAUCUCCAGCCUCAUCACAGGACUGGCUGGCUUGGAUGCCCGCUCCAGUGGAAGGAUGGGAACUAGGGCCAUGGUAUACUACAUGUCCACCACAGUUAUCGCAGCUGUGCUGGGUGUGAUUCUUGUCCUUGGUAUACACCCAGGAAACCCUAAACUCAGGGGAACCCAGGCAAGAUCCAGUAAUAAAGAUCAAGAGGUCAGCAGCCUGGAUGCCUUUCUGGACCUGAUCCGAAACCUGUUCCCAGAGAACCUGGUUCAGGCCUGCUUCCAACAGGUCCAGACAGUGUUAAAAAAGGUAGCAGUCCCUGUUGACAACCAGACAGAGCCUAUUUUAAUCAACAAAAAGAAACUAGAGUUUAAAUGGGGAAUGAAUGUCCUGGGUUUGAUUGGAUUCUUUAUCACAUUUGGGAUCUUCAUGGGCAAAAUGGGGGAGAAAGGGAAACUCAUGACAGAUUUCUUCAACAUCCUUAAUGAAAUCAUCAUGAAGAUGGUCUCCAUGAUCAUGUGGUAUUCUCCAGUGGGCAUUGCCUCCCUUAUUUGUGGAAAAAUUGCAGCUAUCGGUGACCUGGAAGUGGUAGCGCGGCAGCUAGGCAUGUACAUGGUGACUGUCAUCGUCGGCCUCAUCAUACAUGGAGGAAUAAUCUUGCCAAUCAUAUUUUUUGCCGUGACAAGGAAAAACCCUUUUGUCUUUUAUUCUGGAAUCUUCCAGGCAUGGAUAACUGCCCUGGGAACUGCCAGCAGUGCUGGAACAUUGCCUGUCACCUUUCGCUGUCUGGAGGAGAAUCUAAAGAUUGAUAAGAGAGUCACCCGGUUUGUGCUGCCUAUCGGGGCCACCAUCAACAUGGAUGGCACCGCACUGUAUGAGGCCGUGGCUGCCAUUUUUAUUGCCCAAAUGAAUGACAUAGAUUUGGACGGAGGACAGAUUGCCACUGUGAGUAUGACAGCCACUCUGGCCAGUGUGGGAGCAGCAAGUAUCCCCAGUGCUGGGCUGGUUACUAUGCUGCUAAUUCUCACUGCUGUUGGCCUCCCAACACAGGAUAUCAGUCUGCUCAUCGCUGUGGACUGGCUGCUUGACAGAAUGCGUACCUCCAUCAACGUUGUGGGCGAUUCGUUCGGGGCAGGUAUUGUGGAUUUCCUGUCGAGGGCGGAGCUUGCUCAAAUUGAUGGCGAAAUUCCUGAGGAGUUUGUCCCACCUCCUCCUUUACUGACCGAAAUGGACCUAAUUGACCCUCUAUGUCCGCCUGAACUCCCCCCGCGCUCCCCCCGGCCCCCCAAACUGAACCACCACCACCCUCCAUCCCUGAACCAGUCCCAGACUCACUCCAUCCCUCACUCGCCUCGCUCUGUUCGCUCUCCCUCGCCUCACUCUAUCCGUUCCCCUUCGCCUCGCUCCGUCUGCUCCCACUCCCCGCGGCCCUUCCGCACUCACUCCCCCCGCCUCCUGCGUCGCACAGAGCCAGGGUACUGUGCCCUGCCGUCCAUCGACAACCAGAUUCCCACACUGCCCCGAGGCUACAGAGAGAGAAACCGAGAGAGGGAGCGAGACAGAGAGAGGGAGAGACUGCGCGGGCGAGAAAGAGACAGAGAGAGUGAAACAGAGGAGGAAGAGGAAAAAGAAAGGAUGAUGAUGGAUGAGGGGAGCGACGGGGAAGAAAGUGAUGACACUGCUUACGACCGAAGUCACACCAUCCAGCAAUGUGACCUCCCAUGAGGACUGGUCAGUCCCACUCGCUGCCCACUUCACUCUAGUACACUUUCACCGCACUCCCUUCUGCUGUCCCACUGUCUGGUGAAAAGCAGGAGUGAUUUGGGGUUCUGCUUAAUCAAGGAGGGAUUCUCUGAUUGAUUUAGGUAAAUGGACUGAAAGAGAAAUUAGAAAUUAGAGAAAAUAGUUUGGCAGAAAUGUAUUAUUUUUUUUCCUUACCUUUAACAUAAUCAGUCAGCUAAGACAUCUUUAAUGUCUUAAAUAUCAAAGUAUAUAUAAUAAGCACUGUCUGACAAUCUGAUAAUCCUUUUUUAAACAAAGCCCUGAAAACAAAUAAACUAAACUAAAAACUGGUAAAACAGGAGAAUGUUUUCUGUGCUAAAACCAUGUAUCUUGACACACUGACAUAACUUAGAUGUGUGCUAUGGUUUUGAUCCAGGUAUAUAUAUAUAUAUAUAUAUAUAUAUAUAUAUAUAUAUAUAUAUACAGCUCUUGAAAAAAUAAUAAUAAGAGAACACUUUAAAAUGAUGAGUUUCUUUGAUUUUACCAAUUUUUUUGUGUGAUUGAUGAUCACAAACCAUCAAACCAAGCUGAACUGCUCUACAUCUUUUUUGUUAUUUCUGACAUUUCUCAUUUUCUCAAAUAAAUGCUCUAAAUGACAAUAUUUUUAUUUGGAAUUUGGGAAAAAUGUUGUCUGUAGUUUACAGAAUAAAACAACAAUGUUUAUUUUACGGAAACAUAUAUCUAUAAAUAGCAAAAUCAGAGAAACUGUUCAGAAAAUUCAGAAACUGAAGUGGUCUCUAAUUUUUAUAUUUAUAUUAGGGGUAAGAAUCUUUAGGCACCCUACAAUUUGAUUUGAUUAUAAUUCAAAGGUCUGUGAUGCGAUUAUUAAACGAUUAUCAACACA